GAGGGGCCUAACACUCGGCCAACUUCAGGAGAAAAUGCUUGGAAUUCCGUUUCCGCUUUAGGGAGUGGACGCUGAUUUUUCUGUUUUUAGUAACUCUAGGCUAACUUUUCUCUGCACAUCUGCUCAAAGUGAAGCAUCUUGGAUUCAUAUCAUUUUACGACUAUGGCCUCUUCGCCUCAGAAGUCCCCGUCCUCUCCAAAGUCCCCGACGCCAAAGUCUCCGUCCUCCCGAAAGAAAGAUGACUCUUUUCUGGGGAAACUCGGUGGAACUUUAGCCAGGAGGAAAAAAGCUAAAGAAGUUUCAGAUCUCCAGGAGGAAGGGAUAAAUGCCAUCAACCUUCCUCUAAGCCCCUCCCACUACGAGCUGGACCCUGAGGAUACUAUGCUUGAGGAGAAUGAGGUACGGACUAUGGUAGACCCCAAUUCUAAGAAUGAUCGCAAACUGCAAGAGCUCAUGAAGGUGCUGAUUGAUUGGAUCAAUGACGUUCUAGUUGGAGAGAGGAUCAUUGUGAAAGACCUGGCUGAAGAUCUUUAUGAUGGACAGGUGCUGCAGAAGCUUUUUGAAAAACUGGAGGGUGAAAAGCUGAACGUGGCAGAGGUGACGCAGUCAGAGAUCGCACAGAAGCAAAAGCUGCAGACUGUGUUGGAACGAAUCAACGACUCCCUCAAACUGUCCACAAGAAGCAUCCGCUGGAAUGUCGACUCGGUCCAUGCGAAAAGCAUUGUGGCCAUUUUGCACCUGCUGGUGGCGCUGUCCCAACACUUCCGAGCGCCCAUCAGAUUACCCGACCAUGUGUCUAUUCAAGUGGUGGUCGUACAGAAACGAGAGGGCAUGCUUCAGUCUAGACAGAUCCAGGAGGAGAUCACUGGGAACACAGAGGCUUUCUCUGGCAGGCACGAGCGUGAUGCCUUUGACACUCUUUUUGACCAUGCGCCCGACAAGCUCAACGUUGUCAAAAAGACGCUAAUCACAUUUGUCAACAAACAUCUGAACAAGCUCAACCUCGAGGUGUCGGAGUUGGAUACACAGUUUGCAGAUGGUGUUUACCUGGUACUCUUGAUGGGACUGCUGGAGGGAUACUUUGUGCCGCUAUACAACUUCUUUCUGACACCUGAGAAUUUUGACCAAAAGGUCCACAAUGUGUCCUUCUCCUUUGAGCUGAUGCAGGACGGGGGACUGGAGAGGCCCAAGCCACGGCCGGAGGACAUUGUGAACUGUGAUCUUAAGUCCACGCUGCGUGUCCUCUACAACCUGUUCACCCGCUACAGAAAUGUGGACUGAGCAGUGGACACCAGAGGGAAUGCAUACAGCUGAAAAUGCCAUUUUCAUGUUUGUCUCUGUUUGUCAUCUUAUUCAGUUUCCUUUAAGGACUUUUGCUUGUGCCACAGCUUAGUUAUGUGGCUUUGGAAGUGUCGAGAUCCCUUUAACAUUUAAGCCAGUGCUUCUGGAUGUUAUUUUAUAUAAAUAUGAGAUGUCUUACCUCCGUUCAGAGUUAUAAAGGGGAUUUUUUUUAUAUAACUACAACACUUUUUUUAACCAAAAGAGGACACACUAUUUGUAUUUAUUGUACAUUUAUGCUAUAUUGCUCUUCAUUGUUGAUCAAAAUUCAUGCACUACACUUUACUUUGUCUUCCUUGAACAUUCAAAAUUUGACCAAAUUGUCUGUGUCUAUGUAUCAUAUUCCAACUUUCAGUAAAACUCCAAAAGGCAAACACGUCUCCCUGAGACUGAUAAUCAGACAUUAUUACCAUUGACAGUUGAAAUAACACAUUGUAUCUAAAUUCAGUUUAAGUGUUUUGGGUGGGCUGAAAAAUGCUAGACAGAUUGAAGGGAGAGAGAGAACCCAUGAUGUUUAUGAGUACUGAAAAUUAUCCAUGUGUCUGACUCAACAACACAAGCCACUAUAGGGGGAAGUAUUAAUUAAUGGUGUUUAAGCAUUCCGAUUAUGUUUGUUUAACAACUGCAGGACUGUUCAGGUGGACAGAAUGUUGAUUGGUGUGCCACAUCAUCACGUAUCACAUUCCACAAGAUCCAUCUCGUCAGCAAUUCUUCUGACCUAAAAUAUUGGCUGUUUUUCAUCUGAAACGUAAAAGUCACAAAUACACUCAGCCAUCAACUGCCAGCACAUUCCCUCUUAUUCUUUUACAUCAGUUUGUUUUAAUGUAGCGCUUUCAAUAAAUCUAUUAUUCUCUCAUCUUGGACCAUUGUUAUUUUUACCUUUAAAAAUAUAUUUUUUCAAACAAAACUCAAAUAGGGUUCAGAUUGGUUCCAAUUCAUCCAUGACAAGAAGACAAGACGAGCGUUUACUUUUUAAUAAACUCUGAGCGAUGAUUAGAAAAGUGCUGUGAAGGCUUUCUGAAUUGUUCUGACCCCACAGUGACUGCAGACAUCUUUUCACAUUCCACAGAGCCGCGUGUAAUUAAACUGUGGUAUUGCUACUCUUUGUUAAUACAGACGC